AUGAGCAGAGCCCUGCGGGAAGCCGGGGCUCUGAACAGGUCUGCACCUGCAGGGGCUCGGGGGGGCUACGUGGCCCGGGCUCUGCUGGAAGAGGGGACCUUCAAGGUCCGUGCGGUAACGCGGAGCCCCGUGAAGAAGGAGGCCGAGAAGCUGAAGCGGAGGAGAGCUGAGGUCGUGAAGGCGGAUCAGGACGAUGAGCCAUCACUGGAACUGGCCUUGGCGGGUGCUUAUGGAGCCUUUGUUGUAAGCUGCUUCUGGAAGCACUGCAGCAAAGAGAAAGAAACCGUGCAGGGAAAGCGGCUUGCUGACCUGUCGAAGCACCUCGGUCUGCGCCACGGAGGCCUGGAAAACGUGAGGCAGCUGAUGGGGGGCCGGCUGGAGGUGCUCCACUUUGACAGCAAAGGUGUGGUGGAGGAGUACUUCCAGAAAGUUGGUGUUCCCACCACGACCAUCUGACUGCCAUUCUACUUUGAGAACUUCCUCUCCCUCUUCAACCCGCAGAAGGUCCCGCAGGGAGAUACCUUUGUCCUGGUGCUGCCCAUGGGGGACACCCUCACGGAUGGGAUGGCAGUGGAGGACACUGGGCCUGUUGUGCUUUGCCUGCUGAAGUCCCCGGGGGAGUACAUAGGCCGAGUGAUCGGGCUCAGCACUGGCAAGCUCACCGAGGCAGAGUACGCCGCUGUCCUCUCCCAGCAGACGGGCAAGACGGUGGAAGCCAGCAAGAUCUCACCGGAGGAGUAUGAGAAACGUGGCUCCCCUGGCGCCAAGGCAAUGGCCACUAUGUUCCGUUUCUAUGCCCUGAAGCCAGACCGCGACGUGGACCUGAACGUGAAACUCAACCCCAAGGCCCGCGCCUUCCAUCAGUGGGUGGCAGACAGUAAGGCCACUGUCUUCUGA